CCCGCCCUCCCACGGCCCCUCCCCAUCGCGGCGCGGCCGGGAGGAGCCGGAAGGCGGCGGGCGGAGGCGGCUCCAUGGCGCUGAACCUGAGCAGGAACGGGCCGGCGCUGCAGGAGGCCUAUGGCCGGGUGGUGGCCGAGAGGAGCCCGACCGACUGGGCUUUGUUUACCUACGAAGGCAACAGUAAUGAUCUGCGAGUGGCUGGCACUGGAGAUGGUGGCCUGGAGGAGCUGGUGGAGGAGCUCAACAGUGGUAAGGUGAUGUACGCUUUCUGUCGGGUAAAGGAUCCCAACUCUGGCCUUCCCAAGUACGUCAUCAUCAAUUGGACUGGCGAAGGCGUGAACGAUGUGAGGAAGGGAGCUUGUGCCAACCAUGUCAGCACCGUAGCAAACUUCUUAAAGGGCGCCCAUGUGACGAUAAAUGCUCGGGCGGAGGAGGACGUGGAACCUGACUCAAUCAUGGAGAAAGUUGCCAAGGCUUCCGGUGCAAACUACAACUUCCAUAAAGAAAGUAGCAGGUUCCAGGAUUCAGGCCCUCAGACGCCAGUGGGUUCUGUCUACCAGAAGACAAACGCCAUGUCUGAAAUCAAGAGGGUCGGUAAAGAUAACUUCUGGGCCAAAGCAGAGAAAGACGAGGAGAACCGCCGGCUGGAGGAGAAGAGGAGAAUGGACGAGGAGCGGCAGCGACUGGACAAAGAGCACCAGGAGCGGGAGCUGCAGGAAGCAGCCGGGCGUGAGCAAAGGUUUAAAGAGAGAUCCAGUGAGAUUGAUGCUCAGAAGAAAUUCCAGCAGCAGCAGGAUACCCAGAGCAGGGACAAGGAGAAGCAGCAAUGGAAGGAGCAGGAAGCGGAGCACCAGGCCACCCAGCGGAGGGGCCUCCGGAGGAGCGAGUCUGUGGAGAAAGCUCAGGAAGCGGCAUCGCUGAUAGCGCAAAGAUCAGUGAACCCACGGGACAUCUUCAAACAGAAGGAGAGGUCUAUGCCCUCAGAAACAGCCGCCUUCGGUUCCCAACCAGGCAAGCUACGGAGCCCCUUCCUGCAGAAGGAGAGCAGCCCUGUCCACGCUCCGGCCUCCCCAGUCCACUCAGCUGCCCAGGCCUUUCAUCCACCCUCCCUUGUCCAUCCCUCUGCUCGGGAGACGCCUCCAGCCUCUCCGGUUCCUGGCUCAGGUGACGCUGCUGUGCAGGACACCAGGUACAGUCCAGUCCCCCCGGUGUCCCAGCCGCAAGUGGAAGAGGACGCUCUGUACGAGGAACCCCCUGCUGAGUCGGCUGUCUACGAAGAGCCCCCCACUCAGGAACAGCUUGAAGAUGCCAAAUAUGAGUGUGCUGUUGAGUACCAGCAAAGGCCGGACUUGGAGGGGAAAGGGUUAUGUGCCCGAGCGCUGUACGACUAUCAGGCUGCCGAUGACACUGAGAUCUCCUUUGAUCCUGAGAACAUCAUCACCAACAUCGAGAUGAUCGAUGAGGGCUGGUGGCGUGGCUACGGCCCAGACGGCCACUUCGGCAUGUUCCCUGCCAACUACGUGGAAUUGAUAGAAUAAGCAGCCUCCGGGGGAAGGGGAGCAGUUACCCCUAAAAGUGGCUUGAUGAAAUCUGAUUCUUCAACGUUUAAAUUGUGUGGCUUUUAAGGCGUGACGUGCCAUCGCCUUGCUCCCCUGGUCCCAGGGCAGAACCCAACGGUGCUCUGUUGCCCUCUUCCCCUCCAGCUUAGCUGACACUUCUUGGUGAAGGUCUGAAAUGAGCCGUGGCCAUUUGCAUAACUUACCUACAUGUUUCACUUGACAGCUGAAACCUUUUAAGGGGGAGGGACGGAUGACUGCUCCCUACCAGGCAUUCAGGAAACAAGCCCCCCACUUCAGAACAGGUGUCUCUCAUGGAGGAAAAGAGACCCUCAGCCGGAUCCGUGAGGGAAUGGUAAUCAGACGGGCUCCGAUUUAGCAUUCCGUAUGGCUCAGUAACCAAUCUGGAUCUGUCACUGCAGGGUUAAUGCUGCAAAGACCGACACCAAGCAGUCGGGCAAUGCCCAAGUCAGCCUUCUAUUAGCAACACCGUCUCCCUGCGCAUGUGCUAUUAAAUUAUACGUCCUACAGUCUAGCCAGUGCAGCUGCACAGGUGUCCUGAGGUCAAGUUACCGUUGCUCAUAGAAUCCUGAUUUUUGCAUUUCCUGCUGUCUCUGGGGCUUCAGCUCGCAAGCUGCCCAUUGUACUGCAGUGAGGUUUGCAUUUCGCUUCCUCUACGGUCGAGGUGGGAAUGAAAAGGAUGAAUCCCUGUGGCAACUGAACGCUAAGGAGCUGUGCAGCUGCAUGUCAUGCUGUUGCAGCAUCUUGCACAAUUCCUUUAGAGCAGUGGUCAGUUAUAGAACUCGGGUAAGGAUAUUUAUCAUGCAUGCAUUGGACCAAUAUUUCAUUUACCAAUAAGUCCUCUCAGCCUCUCCCAGAGGGUUUUCCUCACCGGGGACUAGCAAUGGGUGCACAGUAACACUUUCUGUUAGCCAUGGGGACCCGGGGGUGGCGUAGAUUUCUUAAAGUACGCAAAGUUGUCUUUUCCCCAAAGGAGACUCUUCUGGGAAAUUGAGCAAGGCAAACCUAGGGAUUUGUAAUGAACCCCACCUCCUUAAUCACGGUGUUCCCUGCCUUAUAUAUAAUCCAGUAACGAUCACUGUGCCCUGAAACAAUGGGGAUCCUAACUCAGCUAUUCCUACCCUCCCUCUUUCCUACUACAAGUUUUCCUCCCUUAUGUUGCUUUAACAAACAAACAUGGUUCGAAAGAUGCUGGAGCCCUUAUUCCCCAGCCCUGACUUGCCCCCUUGCCAGCUGCUCCCUCUCCCUGCAGCUGCAGAGAGAAUGUCCUGGCUGCUCCAGCCCCGACGCCUCCCACCCCAGGACUCUCCAGCUGCAGUGAGAACUACUCCAAGCUGUUUCUGUGCCGUGUGGGUGCCGAAAGCCGUGUGUUGCAUUCCUUCCCGUCUGCUCAUCCUGCCUCACCAGCCUCGUGGGCUUGUGUCUGUGUGGACUCUCUCUCUCUCUCUCUCUCUCUCUCUCAUCUUUUCCCUUUGGAGUGCUGAUGGAAACAAUAAAGGGCUUUUCUGUGGUGA